UGAAUUGUGAGUGUACAAAUGUAUCAUAUAUUUACUUCCUUAUCAUUUGUCUUUAUUCCUGGAAUCUAGGAUUAGACUGAAUACAAAUAAGGAUAUGUUUGUAACAAAACUCACCAACUCUAAACAAUUCUCUUCCUAUUAAUCAACAUACACAGUCUAUUUUCUGUAUUAUUUGUAUGAUUUAGAGGAAAUCACACUUAUUAACAAAAAAUACACUGCAGGACUUCCAAUUUUUAACAUAUAAGACAAUGAGUAAUUUUAAAAAAUCAGUUCAAUUUUAAGUGACUCCUUGAAUGAGAAGAGGAUAACACAUUUAGAGGAUAUUCUGAUGCCAAAGGGUUGAGUAAAUAUGAAGUCAGCAUUCAUUCUUGUCAUUGUGACUCUUGUUGCCUUGGAAUCUACAGAUGCUUGGAGAAGUAGGCUUAAAUUGAGUUGUCUACCUUACUGGACCAUAGCUUGUAAUGACCCUACUGAUUGUGCUCCAGCAAAUCACAGUAUAUGUUGGAUAGGACGCAUCUUAAAAAGAAUUAUUCGUGUACGCAAUGGUGAAAAACGAUUCUCUCGUGAUUUCUACAUGUAUGAUUUAAAUAAUGAUGAAAGGAUAACUCUGUCUGAGUUUGCUACUGCUAUAUCAUCUACACCUCAGAAAUGUGUUAAGCUGUUUGAACUUGCAGAUAAAAAUGGUGAUGGUGUUCUAAGUAAGAAUGAGUUUUUCCCUACUCAAGGACGUGCUCCAUUUCUGUUUGACUAUAGUACGUGAAAAAACAACAACCCAGGAUGCUCCAGAGCAGAUACUGACCAAUCAAAAGGACUUUUUAUCAUAACAUUGGACUGAAUAACCUUCCUUCCAAUGUACUAUGAACUGUCUCAAAUAUAUUAUCCCCAAAGGAUAUGUAAUAUCUUAUCAAAUAGUGAAUGCAAAAUUGUGUAAAUUCAUUGAAAAUGGAAACAUGAAUGUAAAAGUUUGCUUUAUUUUAAAAGGUUGCUUUAUUAGAUCUGAUUCUGCCUUUCA